AUGUAUUCACCGUCGAUUUCAGAUUUUAUCGAAAUACCAACUGAAUUAUGUUCGUUGCAUUCAGUAGACUUCUGCAGUAAUUGGCCAAAGUUGAAAAAGAAAUUAGAUUGUUUUGAUCUAUUUUCUGGAUGUGGGGGACUCAGUUCUGGAUUACGUGAUGCUGGCUUGAUUAAUACAAAAUGGGCAGUAGAGAAUAAUGCCAACACCUGUCAUGCAUACAAAUUGAACCAUCCUGAAUGUAUAUGCUUUAAUAACGAUUGUAAUUACAUAUUACAAAAAGCUAUGAGCCCAUCUAGAUCUAAAUUGAAUAUUCCUAACAAAAAAGAAGUGGAUAUUAUAAUCGGCGGCCCACCUUGCCAAGGCUUUUGUUCAUUAAAUCGAUUUAAUAAAGGAAUAUAUUCUAAAUUCCAGAAUUCCCUCAUCGUAACUCUGUUGGGUUUCGUAGAUUAUUACAGACCCAAAUAUUUUGUUUUUGAAAAUGUUAUGGCCUUUGCCAGUUUCAUGAGGGGAAUGGUUUUGAAAUUAUUCCUGAAAUGCCUUCUAGACCUUGAUUAUCAAGUGAAUUGUGGAGUUCUGCAGUGUGGCCAAUAUGGAGUUCCACAAAGUAGAAGGAGAUUUAUUCUGAUUGCUGCAGGACCUGGGAUGGUACUACCUAACUUGCCGGAACCCCAACAUGUGUUUGAUGAAAGUGCUUGCCAUCUUUCGUUUACAAUAGAUGGUGUACGGUAUCAAAAUAGAUUUCAAUCAAUACCAUCAGCACCGUACCGUACUUUGACAGUCUUCGAUGCCAUAAGUGAUUUACCUCCGAUCAUCCAUCGAAAUCGUAGUCAAGACCAAGUACACCUUUGUUAUAACAUUUGCACUGAAUAUCAGAGAAGAAUGCGCCUGAAGUCGAGCAAUCAACUUACAAAUCAUACUACAAGGACAUUAUCGCCUCUAUGCCAGACUCGUAUAGAGUUAGUUCCAAAAAAGCCUGGAGCAGACUGGAGGGAUUUGCCAAACAUUGUGAUUAAAUUGUCUGAUGGAGUCGAGACUAAUAAGUUACAAUAUCCAUACAGAUUUAGUACUCAAUACGACGAUGAACCUAAUCGCUCUGUAUGUAAAUGUUCAUCAACAAAUAAAUGUGACCCAAAAGAUAGACAAGAAAACACCAUAAUUCCAUGGAAUUUCGUCCACACAGCAAACAAACAUAAUAACUGGGCCGGAGUUUACGGUCGAUUGGAAUGGGAGGGUUAUUUCAGCACGACCCUGACAAAACCAGAACCCAGCAGCAAACAGGGCAGAGUUUUGCAUCCGAGGGUGAACCGGAUAUUGAGCGUUCGUGAGUGUGCACGCUCCCAAGGCAUACCAGACCAUCACGUUUUGUUUGGUAAUAUUUUGGACAGAUAUAAACAGGUCGGGAAUGCGGUACCUCCUCCACUUGCCUAUUAUAUUGGAAAAGAAAUUAUAAAAGCAGUGCUUAACGAUCCUUAA